GCCAUGGCGCCUCUCAAAGACUGAGGCUUGACUGACGGCAUGUACUCGGCAUCAAUAGUUGCCCGUUUGGAGCAGGUUGAGGGCACGACCUGCAUCGCCAAGGUGUACCGUCAGUGUUAAGAAGCUUGUUGCCCAUGACGCAGCCGAGUUGGAACUGCCCUAAGGUUUAGGGUUAUGCGAAGACCUGGAAGGAGCCUUGAGAUCAUUUAAGCAGAUUUCCCGCCACACAAGAGAGCCAUCGACAUCAUACCCAUUUCAACAUCUCCAUCCUGCACAAGGCUAUCAAGAAUCACAUCAACAUCAAUUCAACCCUCCACCAUGGCCCAUUGGCACAUGAUUCCGCGGCCGCCCCCCAAGCCUGUCCAGCAGGUGCCCGUUAAACCGGCUGUCAAACCGGCUGUUCAACCAGCUACCCAAUCAGACAUCAAGGCCGCUCGUGUCGAGCACAUCGUCGAGUACACCCUCCUAGCCGAUAGCCUCCAGGUCAUCGCACUCAUAGCAACGCUCGUCUGCCUCCCUCUGCACACCGCCAUCUCGAAUUCCCUCCAGCCAUCCGAUUCCGAGCCCGCUUCUAGCGCCUCUUUCUGGAUCGCAAUCUGCGUGGGAGUGGUCGCUGUCUUUCUAUUCUUCGUGGCAGGCGUCGUCCGAAAGGUGGCCAGGGAAGAAGCGUGGGCUGGAAGUGCUCCGAGAUACAGGGCUACGUAUCACAGAGCCGGACAAUGGUGUCUACUGUUUCGUGAGCGUGGACAUGGGGAGCAGGGUGCGAAUAUUGAGGUGCAAGAAUCAGCGCUGCUUUUGCGAGAUCCCAAUAGCCAGACCUUAGUCUAA